AUGCAGCAAGACAAACAAACUAGCUUGAAUAUUUCCUAUGGAUUCUGGAAUAUAGGAGCUAUCCCUAGUUAUCCAGUGCCUGUCCUUAAAAUGAUUGACCCGGCAAUAGAGGCCUGGAGACUGAGGCAGUUGGAAAUUGUUUCUGUGAACCCAAACUUCCAAUACAGACGUGCUCAAAAUAUUUCUGAUGAAUUCAUUUAUUUCCGUCCUAUUAAUGCGGAAAUUCAGGAAAGGGCCAGAAAACAAAAAGAAGAGAAUACAACUUUGGCUGCCCAGCAACCCACCCGUGAAGGUAUCCAUCAGAGGGACUUGGGGCUUACGAAUGAGGUGGUGACGGUUACCACCCCCCCACUAACUAAGGAGUUAGAAAGCAUUGCUUUUGUAAAACCAAAAACUUCAGGGCUUCUUCGCAUAGAGAAAGUACCAAUUAAGUCUCCAGGGUUCCCAGAAUUUGAACGCUUAGAUGUCACAGGAAUUGCCAGUCCAGAGGAAAGGGGGAAAGGCACCGCAAUACUUGUUGCCGGUGUGCCUGGAAAGGAGGAUCUAGAUGAUACAGAAAUUCCAACUUUGCAUUUCACUGGGUUUGUACACCUGGAGUCUUUAAUAAAUGAAUCUUCACCAUCCUCAGAAUACAGUCGCCCAGGAACCCCAAGAAAUUUAUGGAUGGAAUCUCCAGAAAAUGCAGAGUCCCCAGGAAGUGAUGAUAUGGAAGUAGCAAGAAGCAUGUAUCCUUUUAGAGAAAGAUCCAUCUUUCGGCGUUCCUGGGCAGAGCUCUUAGAGGCACCACUAAACAGUGAGGGGCUCCAUAUUCUCCAAACUAGUCCCAGGGAAGAAAACAGAAAUAUGGGUUACAACAAACUAACAUCAGAAGAGAAUCAAGUAACCAUCCACCCUGAAGACCAACGUUUCCAAGCUUUGCAAGGCCCUUUCCCCCUGUUGCCUGAGCGCCCUAAGCUCCAGCGGCAGCGCAGUCGGAGCUUACCAAGAUACAGUGAAGCCAGAGGCCAAUACUUAAAUGCACCGGAAUUCAAAUUAAAUGCAGAAGAAACUCACUUCUUCCCACUUGAUCGUGGUUUACUGACAGAAGAAAACAUCAAGAGAAGAUACAACAUGGAGGGAGCUCAGCAAAGAGCAAUUCCAUCACAUUUUGGAGAACAUCCUUCCAUCAGGCCAAGAUUUGAGAAUUCUGCAAUUCGAGGAAACAUUGGAAUUCCUGAGGAUAAUUAUGCGUGUCCCAGAGGCAAUGUUAGAAUUCCCAUGAAUAAUGUCAAUACUAUCCCCAUGGUUAAUGUUGGAGUGCCCAUGGAUAAUCCUCAAGCUCUUAGAGGCAAUGCUGGAGUUCCCAGGGGCAGUGAGUUUGGAGUUUACAUGGGUAAUAGUGGUAGAACUUCUGGACAUAUGGUAUCUUCUCCACUCACUGAGCUCUCAAAGAUAGGUGAACACCAGUUAUAAAAACUGAUAAUUUACAAUGCUGUCCAUUGAAGAAACAAACUAAGACACUUAACAUCAAAACAGACAUGUAUAAACUUGACAACUCAAAAUACUAAAUAGGACAUCUAAAUUAUGAAUACACAAUACACAUAAUUAAAAAAAUGUGUGAUAAUUAUUUAUUAGAUUGGAUAAAACCAGACUGUAGUUAGCUAGUUUAUCCUGUAUGCAGUCAUCAAUUGUAUAUGAUAUAAUCUAGUGUGUUGUAGAUGCGGACUUCUUCAUUGAACAAAAUAUCAUGUACUUUUCAAAUGACAAUUUUUCCUAGUAAUUUCAAGUCCUCUUGGAUACUUUGAUAGACAAAUGAAAAUGAUCUUAGAGGUAUUGUCAUUUAUUUUGAUGAGUCUAUCUUGAUGUCCAAGACAUUUAUUGAAUGAAAGCUAGA